CUAGAAAUCUCAAACCGAAGAUGAGCGGGGAACGAAAGGUAGCGCCUCUAAAGCAGAUGAAGAUGAAGAUGAGGAUGAGGAAGACGACGAAGAUGACGAUUUGAUGCGUCUGGUGCGUCGUCAACGAGAGGCUUACACAGCAAGAGUUGCUGCAGGACGUCCAAGCAUUCGUCGUGGCCUCAAUUCGACCGGCUGCGGUGCCACCAUCGCCACAUCCGCUACGAACUCUUCGGCUUUGGCGACACCGAUUGCUACUGCUGCUUUGUCAAAGAAUGAACGCCUCUAUAGAAGCCUGAUUCGCAAAUACAUUGGCAAGGCUGCACGUCAGAGAGCAAACAUUAGGAGAGAUAAGAUACUUAUGGCUAGAAAAGCUGCUAGAGACUGUGCAAAGGCUGUGCGGCAGCGUCAGGCUCAGAAGACGUCGAAGGACUUUGCCUGUAAGUUUUCAUCGAGCUCUCAUAUGUCUUCGCCGUCAAUAGCUUAA